CAAAUUGUGUCAGUACGGAGAACUGAACACUAAAUCCAUCUAAUGUGAUGAUUAGUUGUACUUCAAGUACCAUGUUUUCAUUAGCCACUAACAAUUCCAAUCAGUUUUGGUCUAAAUCUACUGUUUAGGCUGAAGUUCUUACAUGUUUCACCCAAAAGUCAUUAUGCAUCACUUCACAUUGUUUGGUCUGAUGAUGGUGGAGUUAGGGCAGUAAGCGGGAAGGGCGUCCUAUAAUGGCGGGCUAGACAAACGGUCGACUGUUGUUCUGGACUUAAUAUUUACCAUGAUUUAGUUUAUCAAGUUUUACUCUAAAUGGAGGUUGAUGCCAGUAGUAUGGCCACCUGUGCACCUGAAGUGUUUGAUAUCGCUUCGACACUUGUUAAUGUUGAGGAAGUCACAGAAAAACAAAGCUUUGAAGUACCAGCAUCAACACCUGAUGUCGUCCCAGUUGCUGAGCCAGUUAACCAUGAUGCGGAGCCUGGAACGAUCUCAAAGACUCCUGAAACUGUGACUUCUGAUCCCGUUGUAGCCCCUCCUGUGGUGAAUAACAACGUUGGAAAGUAUCGCCUCUUACGUACUAUAGGGAAGGGGAAUUUUGCAAAAGUGAAACUUGCCAUUCAUAUGGCCACUGGAGUUGAAGUUGCCAUAAAAAUAAUCAACAAGACUGUCAUGGAUAAUACUCUCCUGAAACGUCUCAAGCGUGAGAUCACUAUUAUGAAGGUCACAAACCAUCCGAACAUAGUGAAACUUCUUGAAAUAAUUGAAAACGAAGAUGUACUGUGCCUUGUUAUGGAGUAUGCAAGUGGAGGUGAAAUAUUUGAUUAUUUGGUUGCAAAUGGAAAAAUGCGCGAAAAGGAGGCGCGAAUAAAAUUCCGCCAGUUAUUAUCGGCGAUGCAGUAUUGUCAUGCCAAACGAAUUGUUCAUCGGGACCUAAAGGCUGAGAACAUUCUAUUGGAUCAGAACUUAAAUGUGAAAGUUGCUGACUUCGGUCUGGCAAACACAUUUGAAUAUGAUCAGAGGUUAACAACGUUUUGUGGUAGUCCACCGUAUGCCGCCCCAGAAUUGUUUCUGGGCAUUCCAUAUUAUGGACCUGGUGUGGACAUUUGGUCACUCGGUGUUAUUUUGUUUACCUUAGUGCUGGGUCAUCUGCCAUUCGAUGCACGUGAUCUUCGUGAACUUCGAAGCAAAAUUUUGGGGCUGCACUAUACUAUACCUAGAGGUUCUGUUUCGCCAGAAUGUGAUGCCCUUUUAAGGAAAAUGCUAGUUCUAGAUCCAAAAGACCGGUCGUCUCUAAAAUCUUUAAUGCAGGAUAAGUGGGUCAAUAUGGGUUAUGCUCCAGGUGAUCAUCUUCGCCCGUACAAAGAACCACCGAAGUCUCAACUGGAUGAUAGUCGGGUAAAAGCCAUGGAGGAAAUGGGUUUUACAAGAAAAGAUUUAGAGUCAUCAGUUGUUAACCCUGAGUUUGAUCAUGUGUAUGCAACUUAUCAUUUACUUCCUGAAACUCCAUCUCAGUUUGUCGAGCUUUGCAAAGAAGUAGAUCCUGCAUCAGCUGCACUACCUAACACUGCAGUAUUAUCUAAUGCAUUAUAUACUAACGAUCGACAGAGUAAAAGUGUUCACGAUCAACCCGCAAGUAACACAGAAUCAACUUCUUCCACUAAAUCCACUGCGAUCGGACGUUUCACAGUAGCGCCAAGUGUCAAAACGAAUGAACAUACCUCUCAAUAUCAGCGUGGUAGUUUAACAUCAGAGUCAAACCAAACACCUGGAAACCAGAAAAAUGCUUCUACCGCUGAUUCUGGAAAUCGAGAGCAUCAUUCAUUGACAUCCACUUUACCAGUAGCCCUAAGAAGGGCAUUCAUGCAAAUGGGUCGAACUAUUGCUGGAGGUGGAGCCGCAUCUACGAGUAAUGAAGACAGUAUUACCCGUGCUAAUGCUCAGUCCAUUACAGCACGUCAUAAUAAGUCUACACCGAAAACUGCUGCUGGUGGGAGAGGUGUCAUCACUGCAGCACCUGUCCCUAUCGGUGCUGUCAAAAAGCAUGGUUUUGGUACGCCUCAACAGCAACAUUUACACAAGCGUCUGCCAGCUAAUCAGCAUCAUCCCCCUUCAGGUCCCCUUGACAACACAGAUGGUAGUCCGGCAAAUCACUCAGCUACACCUCGACAUAUAGCUCCACGCGAUUCUCAAGAUUCUUUGAAGCCAGAUUCGUCUAGUCCUCGCGCUCAUCCUUCAUCUAUUACUUCCAGUAUAUCAUCUGGAAGUCAUAAGGCUUCAUUUCCACCAAAAGCAAACAGAAUAACUUCAGAAGCUGAAAAGCCCAUCUCAGAUACCUCUCAUCGUUCUGUGCAUGCGGCUACUCACAAGCGGGGUACAACGGACACCAACGGAAUGGGUCCCGCGAGUUCAAGCAGUACUUCAUCUGAUUCUUAUGGUGAAUGUGAGCUUCGAGAAACAGCUGCUACACUUGUUCAAGGUGUCUGGAAGUCAGUUGAUGCUUCAUCGCUCAACCCUCGCUCUCCCCAACAAACUCCAUCGGAAUUAAAACGAAAGGUGCAGAAUGAUGGGCGUCUUAGUCAGGAUAUAUCAGAACAAUAUAAAGAACAUAUGCAGUCGGAACAAUCAAGUCUUCGAAAUGAAAAAUCUGAACUUAGUCGCAGUCUCACCACCAUAGAUCAGACAGAUCAAACAGUUAAUGUUACGUGGUCAGAUGAUGCAACUAAAACAGUAAACGCUCCAUCCCUUACUCCACAAAUGAAAGUAUCACAUACAGUUCAGGGUACAGAAGCAGUUGCUCUGCGUCAAGAAGCUUUACGUUUGCAAUCUACACAUUCAGCCACUAAAACACCUUCCGAUCCUCGUUCAUCUAUAAACUACGGUAUGGAUUCUAGUCAUCAAACUACGUGGGGUCGAGGUGUCUUAAAGGCAUUAGGUGGAUUUUUUGUACAGAGUAAAUCAACAGACGUACGACCGGACAGUUCAUCUACACGACCUCUAAAUAAACCUCGUGAGGUGAGGUUUCCAUGGAGUGUGUAUACCACAAGCACAAAAACAGCAGACGAACUUCUUAAGAGCAUUAUACAUGCUCUUGAAGUCACUCCUGGUUGUCGUUAUUCAUACGACCCGCAUCUUCCUUUCCUUUUGCAAUGCUCAUGGGCAGCUGAUCGACCUGCUCUGAAAACAUCAACUUCAGAAACUGAUUCCAAAGGAUUAACAAACACUCAGUUGUCUUCACCUCUUGACAUGCCAACUCAUGGUGGACUUAUGCGUGGCGAUCCAGUUCAUUGGGAAAUGGAGGUAUGUCAGUUACCACGUGUGCAUUUGCGAGGUGUUCGACUGAAACGAAUACGUGGUUCAACGUUGCAUUUCCGUCCGAUUGCUGAUCUUGUUAUGAAAUCAUUGCGUUUGUGAUACAGUGUAUCAGAUGCUGUAAAAUGGUCACUAAGUCGUUAGCAUUACUUUUCUAGGAGUAUAUGAUUGAUUUGUUGAAAGUAAGCUUCAUACUACAAGCUAAUUUCUGUAAUUCACGCAUAACUUGUGUUUUUGUUCCUUAUUUUUACUGACUAUACAUCUAAUAUAAAGAUUUACCAGUUUCCUGAAUACGUUUUGUCUUUUAGAAAAAGGUCAAAUAAGCACAAUUUUAUUAUUAUCCAUAGCGUGCUAUGUACAGUUCUAUCAUUUAUUUACUUAUUUAUCAUCUACUAAUUGACUUCAUAAUAUACUUAUAUUUUUUGUCUGGUAAUUUUGAUUUUGUUCUAAUAUGCAUUCAAUAUUCCAUUGAUUUUCUUUUCACCAGUUUCUUUGUUUCUAAUGUGUUCACUUAUUGACUAUAAUAAUAUUACAUAAUUUCAUAUAUAUAUAUAUACAUAUAUAUAUAUAUAUAUAUAUAUAUUUGUGAUAUCUUUCAAACAUUUCACGCUAGAUGUGUACGCAUAUAUACCUUAUCUACUCAUAAUGUGACGACCCUUAUAAUUAAUAUCAGUAACUAUAUUUUAAUUUCACGUUGUAAUUGACAUGUUACAAUACACCACAGUGCUCUGUUUUGUAUAGUUUCAACUGUGUGUUUUUCCUUCUUCUGUUAAGAAGAUGGUUAUGCAAUGUCUCCCCCCCUUUUUACUUCUCCGGCAACGAUAUAUCCUCUUCCGUACUCUUUUAACCUGGAAUCUUAUCGUUACUCUCAUUUCAAAAUCUCAUGUCUUCGCUUAUAAUAUUUUUUGUUUAAUUCUAGUGCCAGAUACUCUCUGCUUUAUCCCACCCCCAACCCCGCCGCUCUUACCAUACAUCCUUGGUCGUGUCACUAUAUUACUUAUUUCAUGCGUAAGAUGUUUCUGUAUUUAUCUUUGAGUUUGUUUGCUUUUUUCUGUCACUGUCAGCUGUUUCUAAAUCCAGCCUAUUACUUGGUGGUUUUGUUGUAAGUGUAAGUUAAAGGGGGAGGGUAUAACAGAUUAUCACGCGCCAAUAUUAUUCAUUACCUUCAGGAAUUAUUUUAGAAGUAAAAAAUCAAUACAUGUGCUUGUUAUUAUGCACUGAGUGAAUGGUAAUUUUUUUUAAACAAAAAACUAAUGAAAUGAGGUGUUCUUUACACGUUUGUUGCCCCAGUCUAUAUGAGGCUGUUGAAUUUCCUAACUGAACAGUCUCUUUUCUGUAAACACAACCCUUAUGUGUUUUCCUAACAUCAAAAGUAUCGUCUAGAGAGACAGAGAGAGAAACAAAAUCACUUUUUUCUUAUUCGUAUUCUCUAUCCUGUCCACUGAAUAUUUUCUUCCUAGUCAAUAAUGCGUCAGUUGAAUCUGACCGACUACAGAGUCAGCAAAUUCUCUUGAACACUCAUUUUUCCAUUGUACUUUCUUGCGUAAUAUAAAUGAGGAU